GCCGUCGUUACUCUGUCGCGCAGCCCUUUUGUGUAGGAGCCCUGAACCUGGUCCUUCAGACACGGUGACAGAAUGAGCCCUUUUGUCUGCCAGGAUUGGCCUGAUAUAAGCCGUAAGGGUUAAGAACGUUGCAGAAGGAAAUUUUACCAGCCUGGAGUGCGGGAGGAACAGACCAGUAUCACCAGUAUCAUUUCAUGCCUGGUGUUUGACCACAGCGCCGGCUGGUAAGACUUGGUCAUCUUCUGCAUUCCGCUCACGCCAGCCAUUGUUCGGCAGUGGGUACUGGGCCAGAUGGGACCACAGGAUGAGACCAGAGUGAUUGUGGCAGCCAGGGUGAGACCUACGAGUGAGCAAGAAGAUGCCAGAGGAGAGCAGGGCACCAUGUACUGUCCAGACCAGCGCCACCUGCUGGUUUGUCAUGGAGGCCGUGAGAAGGCCUUCUCGUUUGACGUGGUCCUGGGGCCACAGAGCUCCCAGCAGGACGUGUUUGAGGAAUGUGGCAUGAAGAAGCUGAUCGACAUGGCCAUUGUGGGGUUCUCAUGUACGGUGUUUGCUUUCGGACAGACAGGCUCCGGGAAGACCUACACAAUCACAGGACCACAUUCACUGUUCCUAGGAAGCUCACAGGAACCUCAAAUGUAUGGCUUGAUGCAGAGGUCGGUGUCUUAUCUUCUUGACCAAACCCAAUCGAUGGAUGGCGACGUCUCCUUGAGUGCCUCUUACCUGGAGAUCUAUAAUGAGCAGGUCCGGGAUCUCCUCACUCCCUGGUUGACGUCCUCCUUGUCUGUCCGCGGAAACCAAACUCACGGCUUUUAUGUGGAGAACUUGUCCACUGUUGAACUUGGCUCUCUGGAGGACUUUAUGAAGCUCCUGGAGGCAGGCUUGAGGAGCAGACGCACAUCCUCGCAGGCCCAGAAUGAGCACUCCAGCCGCAGCCACUCCAUCCUGACGGUCUCCAUCAGAGCUGAAGCGGCUAAUGCGAAUGAAGGCACGGCCACCCAGGGGAAACUGUGCCUAGUGGACCUAGCAGGAAGUGAACGGUUGAGGGGGCCCAGCUCCACAGAAGAUCUCCUGGAAGAGGCUGCCAACAUCAACCGAAGUCUCUUGUCUUUGGGCAAGUGCAUAUCUGCACUAGUGGACCCUAGGAAGAAGAGCGGGCACAUUCCGUACCGUGACAGCAAGCUCACCAAGCUGCUCUCUGAUUCCCUGGGUGGAGCAGGCAUCACGCUCAUGAUCGCCUGUGUGUCCCCCGCCACAGCCAACCUUCAGGAGACCCUGAAUACGUUGCGUUUUUCCAGCCGAGCCAAGAGAAUCAAAAACAGACCGAUAGCCAAACACGUCCUACGCGAGAAGCUGGUGGUCAGCCUGCAGGGAGAGAUCCGUUUGCUGCGCAGUGAGAACAUGCUUCUUCGACAACAUCUUUCCUCAGCAGAAGAAUCGGCCAGAAGAUCUUCUGUACCCAUUUCUGCCUGCUAUGGCGGUAGUGAGCCGCUAGGGAAGGUUGAAACGGACCCUGUGGCAGAGGGGUCCUCUUGCUCGAGUGUGUGUCUUAAAAACCUGCUGCAGGAGCUCAUGCAGGAUAACAGAAGACUGCAAGAGGAAAAGGCAGCACUGCUCAACUGCAUCCAGUCCUCCAAGCAACAGGGGGCGCUCCUGUCACUUGAGAAUGCUCAGUUGCUGCACAAACUGGACGAACUGCAAAGGUCUGAUACACCUGUGAUCUGUUAUGUCACACCUCUAACCACAUGUUGUAAAAGUGUCUGUUGCAUGUGCAGGGUCAUAUCGAGCACCGCACACGCCACCAGCAGCUGCUCGGGUCCAUCGCUGUGUGGGCGGGCUGCUCACUGCAGCCUGCAGUGUGUCCAUCAUCAGCUGCCGCUAGCCAUCAUCAGCCCCCUGCACAGAUGCCGUGCACGGGUGGCACUGCCUCCUCUCCGGGCCCUGCAGGCUGUUGCCUCUGGGGAGAAAUAUUCAGCCCAAACUGAAAUCCAGAGUGAGCCUCCCAGUCAGAGCGCAGGACUUCAUGGACGCUCAGGGACAGAGAGCAGGGGCCGCAUUCAGCAUUUCCUGGCUCUGAGGGACAGCAGGGCCCUUCGGGGUCGGCCUGCGGAGCCCCCCUCCUGGAGGUCUCCCAACAAGGUGCUCCCGAGUGCCCCGCCCAUCUCGGCACUGAGCAAAGGAGCCACAACCCGCUGAAAAGUGCAGUGAUGUUUCAGUGAUAACGGCUUGCAGCCUAAAAGAUCAUCAUUUUCAAUGUCUUAGUCAUCCAGAAGAGCUCCUGAAUAAAUGGGAAAUGACUCCUGCUAAACCAGGGGUGUCAAACUCCAUUCCUAGGGGGCCGGAGCCCUGUGUAGCUUAGCUCUUUCCCUGUUGCACUGCAAAUGAUUCAGCUCAAGAGCUGUGUGGUAAUUAGCACAAGGAGGUGAAUCAGGUGUGUUAAAUGAGGGGAAAACCAAAAAUCAGCAGGGCUCUGGCCCCCCAGGACCAGAGUUUGACACCUGUGGGUUAAACAAUCGCUGGCCUCUUUUGUCAUCCAGAGCAGCAGAUUCUGAUUGAGUGGAAAAAGAGCAACAGCUUCCAGGGAGGAAGGCUGGCCGUCACCCCUAAAGACAAUCAUGGGAAGCUGCCAGGUUUGGGCAGAUUUGAUCACAUGAUUAUGGCCAUAUGCUCACUAGCCACCACAGUAAAUCAAUAAAAAAUGAUUUUAUUCAUUUGUACAUUUAGCUAUGAAAUAUUAAAUUAUUUGGUUAUAUCAUCUUUUUAAUUAUUUUGAUUCAUUGAUGAUUGGGGUCAGACUGUGUGCUUUCUCUCUGAAAUCUGAAUGAAAUCUGUCUUCACCUUUUCUCCGCCCUUGGUGCCCAGCCAGUAUUUCGCUGUGGAUCUUGGGUAUGGGGGAUAUGCAAGGUCAACCAUCAUUGACUGUAAAUCCACUCUGUAAUAUCGAUCUGCCAAAAAGAGAAGCGGAAGGUAGUGUUAGUGAGAAAGAUGAGCGUUGGGCUGCAAAGUGCUGAGGUCUCCUCUACAAUGUCAUUAUCUCCCCUUGCUGUUUUGUUACACUAAGGUAAAAAUACAUGUGGAGGACCAAUUGGCUGCAGUAGCCACUUCAGUUUUUUUUCGGGGUGCGGUUUUGUCAUUUUACAGAAGUUUAGCCAAACAUUUUUUAUUGAUUGAUCCACUAUAGUAAUGGCCAAUUAUUAUACUUGCUGCAAAGAUUCUGUUGUUACCAUGAUGAAUACGAGUACCUAAUAUUAACUGGUUCUUCUGUCAAUCUUGUUAUCGCAUGUUAUUUGUUAAUAAAAGGAAUGAAAGGACUAGAAAAUUA